AACUAACUCCAAAUGUCCAGUGCUUAUUAAUUCUCGUCAAGAAUUGUUUUGGUCUUGAGAUCACUUCGUUGAGUACCAUCGCAUUUAACCACGAUGCAUAUUUCAUACCAUGGGCAUUCUAGCUCACCCGCCAGGUACACACGAAAACUACUAAAAUCAGCCAAGUUUCCCGACACGGCUUAACGUAGCCCUAACGAUAACUGAUGGAAAUCAUUUAUCCGCGGGGUAAACUUGCGGGGGAAGCUCUUGGUAUCCAGGUUUUAGGCUGUCCGGCUAAAGUAGACGAUUUACCAUUAGAUAGAUAAAUACAGCUUCAUAUCUCCAACCCCAACAACCACGCAAAAUAAAAUAAAAAAGAACGACCAAAAGUCGCAACUAACAAUUACAAUCACUCAAAAUGUCUAACUCCAACCCCCCUCUGAUAACCCACAUGUACACCGCCGACCCCUCUGCUCACGUCUUCAACAACAAAGUGUACAUCUAUCCCUCCCACGACCGUGAAACAGACAUCCAAUUUAACGAUAAUGGCGACCAAUACGAUAUGGUAGACUACCACGUCUUCUCCAUGGACUCCAUCUCCGGUCCCGUAACAGACCAUGGCGUCGUCCUGACUCUCUCCGACGUCCCCUGGGCAAGCAAGCAGCUCUGGGCACCUGAUGCAGCAACCAAAGAUGGUAAAUACUAUCUCUAUCUCCCCGCCCGGGAUCACGAAGGUAUAUUCCGGAUCGGGGUAGCUGUGGCCGACAAACCGGAGGGUCCGUUCACGGCCCAGAAGAGUUUCAUCGCGGGGAGCUAUAGUAUUGAUCCUGCGUCGUUUGUGGAUGAUGAUGGCAAGGCGUAUCUUUAUUUUGGGGGCAUUUGGGGUGGGCAGUUACAGUGUUGGUCGAAGGGUGCUGGUGCGGAUGCUGUGGGGGAAUGGGUGUUUGAUGCUUCGAAGACGGGGCCUCAGGAACCGUCUGGUGAAAAUGAGAUUGCUCUCCAUCCGCGUGUUGCGCAGUUGACGGAUGAUAUGUUGGAGUUUGCGACCCCUGUGCAGGAGCUGGUUAUUUUGGACCAGGAUGGGGGCGGUCCUAUUAAGGCUGAUGAUCACGAGCGUCGCUUUUUCGAGGCCUCUUGGAUGCAUAAGUAUAACGGGACGUAUUAUUUUAGUUAUUCGACUGGGGAUACGCAUUAUAUUGCGUAUGCGACUGGGGAAAGUCCGUUCGGUCCGUUUAGAUACAGGGGUCGCAUAUUGGAGCCUGUAUUGGGAUGGACGACGCACCAUUCGAUUGUGGAGUUCGGGGGGCGCUGGUGGAUCUUUUAUCACGAUUGUGAACUUUCCAAGGGCGUGAGUCAUUUGAGGAGUGUGAAGGUUCGGGAGAUUGCGUAUGAUAAUAAGGGAGAUAUCUAUUUAGUGGACUGAAUGAAUGAGAAGAUUUUGUGAGUCAAUUGUACUUGUAUUGAGUCUUGGUUCUUUAGUUGGGACGAAUGUAGGUUUCGUGUAUGAACUAUUGCGUAGUGUAGGUCUAAUGCGCCAUUCCCUUUUCUCGGUUCUCGACGACAAGGUUCCAGUACUUCUCGCGACUGCGUAUGCGUAGUGUCUUGCCAUAUUUGAUCAUGACAAGGAAGACGGAUGCGCAGGCCAUGCCGAUGAAUGCGGCGGAGAUGAAGCAGUUUUGAUAUCCCAAGUUAUUGAUCCAGGGGGUGAUGCUGCAUCUCGUUAGCAUGUACCGCUACUUUUGGAUAGA